UCAGACAUGUGGUCUAUGUGAGAGACAUCCGAGGAGCUGGAGGAUAUUUUCUUUGACCUGAUGCAAUGAACCCUGGAUCAUUCAAGCAGAUUAGUCAUUUCAUUCUUCUGUCAACACAAAUAUGCACUUACAGUAUGGAUGUAAACCCAUUUCCCUAAACCUAUACUCGCAUGCACAUGAUCAAACCCACACCAUAAUACCAAGAAUCCAAAGGUACACUGUGAACAUGAUACAACACAAAUGAGUUCAACAAAUGAAAUCUGUGGGUUCAUAUGGUUGACUCGUGUCAUUUUCAAAUAAAAACCAUCCCUGGAGCGAGGACAUUCACUAGAUUCACUACAAAGUGAUGCAGUGGAGUAAAAAUAGAAACAAGGCUUGGUAUUUAAGACAUUGCCAAACAGACUACUUGGUACACACACUGAUGAUAACACAUGGUUUGAUCGCUUGUUCUAUCCAUCUCCCUUAAGUUUUAUGCAAGUAAAGUUAGACAGAAGUUGGUCUUGGUACAUGCUCACUUUUUACACACACAAGUUACGGACAUUCACACCCUCGACAAAAUCCCACCAUGCACUGUGUGAGCAGGGGAGGCUGCUACCUGCUGAACUCCUACUGUGAUCUUCAGGAGGAAAACCAGUGGAAGAAGGAGAGCUACCAAGCAUGCUGGCUGAGCCUGGUCCUUGAAACGAGACCACAAUACAAGCUGACACUGUCAGAGACAGACAACAUUCGUAGAGAGAGUUACAAGCAGCAGCAGGUGGUCCACUUCAUGGUCGAGAGGAGUCUCAGCCAGAGGCUGAGGCUGGGCAGCGACAGCAGAGGCAUGACAGAGCACCAGCUGCCAUUCUUCAACACCAGCAGGGACCUACAUCAUGCCAAAACCACCUUUGGGUGCCCAGAACAAAAGCCAGUUAUACUAGGGAAGGGGAAUAACGGAGUGGAUACACAGGAAGUGACUGCAAUAACCCAGGACCUCAGCAAGCCAGUCCGAGUGAACUUCAGAGCCUCGAGCCUGAUGUCCUCCCCAAGAGAAAUCUCUCUAAGGGUGCAGAGGAGGGAGUGAAGCAAGGAGAUGGAAGGCAUGUAAAGGUUCAGGAAAUAUAACAAAGCCUUUGUACUUGUAAUGUGCACACUGGUAAUAUUGUAUAUUGUGUAACUAUCUAAAGAAAAAUAAAAAUGGUAUCUCCUGAU